GUUAAUAAUAAUCCCUAAAGAACUAUAUAUGUUGGGUAAAAAUAUGAUAAAUUUUAAAAGUAAAAAUUCGUUGGAAUAAAAAACACUUUUUGGCAUAUUUCUUUUGUCAAAUUAGAGAGAAGCUCUUAUGACCUUAGGAGAAGCAGUCGUCAAAGCACCGGUGCAUCAAUAACGAGCUCGAGCCUAGAGAUCUCUGUCCCAUUCUCUUCGUCAUUCAUCACUCUAUCUGCGUUUCGUUGAGCGAUAAUGGAUGCCGCUUGCUCUACCCAGCUUAUCGAUGGGGAUGGUGUCUUUAAUGUUUCUGGGGUUGAUCAUUUCAUCAAGGAGGUUAAAUUGGACGAAUGUGGUCUUUCAUACGCGGUUGUCUCGAUUAUGGGUCCACAAAGUAGUGGGAAGAGUACGCUCUUGAAUCAUUUGUUUGGAACCAACUUUAGAGAAAUGGAUGCAUUUAGAGGAAGGUCUCAGACGACUAAGGGAAUUUGGAUUGCUAGAUGCGCUGGUAUUGAGCCUUGCACCGUUGUGAUGGAUUUAGAGGGUACCGAUGGGAGAGAGCGUGGUGAGGAUGAUACUGCUUUCGAGAAACAGAGUGCUCUUUUUGCACUUGCAGUCUCAGACAUAGUUCUUAUAAACAUGUGGUGUCAUGAUAUUGGUCGGGAACAAGCAGCAAAUAAACCUCUUUUAAAGACUGUGUUCCAGGUUAUGAUGCGGUUGUUUAGUCCGCGGAAGACAACUUUGAUGUUUGUUAUAAGAGAUAAAACACGGACGCCACUGGAAAAUUUAGAACCAGUGCUGAGGGAAGACAUUCAAAAGAUAUGGGAUUCAGUUCCCAAGCCUCAGGCCCACAAAGAAACUCCACUUAGCGAUUUCUUCAAUGUUGAAGUAGUUGCUCUCUCGAGUUAUGAAGAAAAAGAAGAGCAAUUCAAAGAGCAGGUCUACAAUUUGAGACAACGGUUCUUCCAAUCUGUCGCACCUGGCGGGCUUGCUGGUGAUCGACGAGGAGUUGUCCCUGCCAAUGCUUUUGCUUUUAGUGCAAAACAGAUGUGGCAAGUCAUCAAAGACAACAAAGACUUGGAUCUUCCAGCACACAAGGUCAUGGUAGCAACUGUGCGAUGUGAGGAAAUUGCCAAUGAAAAAUUCUCUAGUUUUAUCGCGAAUGAGAAUUGGCGCGAGUUGGAAGAGGCUGUACAGUCUGGUCCUGUUUCCGGAUUUGGAAGAAAGCUGAGCUCAAUUCUCCAAGCAAGCUUAUCAGAGUAUGACACAGAAGCGACAUACUUUGAAGAAAGUGUUAGAUCAUCCAAGAGGCAACAGCUGCAAGAAAAGUUAUUGCAACUUGUUCAACCAACUUUCCAAGACGUGCUUGGACAUUUGAGGGCUGGAGCACUUGAAAACUUCAAGAAUGCUUUUGAGAAGGCCUUGGAUGCUGGAGAAGGGUUUUCAUCAUCUGCGAAAUCCUGCGCUCAGUCAUGCAUAUCUAAGUUUGAUAAAGGAUGUGAAGAGGCUGUUAUUGAACAAGCAAAAUGGGAUACAUCUAAAACUCGGGAAAAGCUUGAGCGUGAUAUUGAAGCUCAUAUCUCUUCUGUCCGUACUGCAAAGUUGGCUGAACUGACUACUCUGUAUGAGUCAAAACUAAAUGUAGCCUUAUCUGGACCGGUGGAAGCUCUUCUGGAUGGGGCUAAUGAUGAAACAUGGCCAGCAAUAAGAAAGCUACUUAGACGGGAAGGAGAAUUGGCUGUCUAUGGUCUCUCCAACGCAUUAUCUGGUUUCGAAAUGGACGAAGAAACACGGAGUAAAAUGCUUGCUGAUCUCGAGAACUAUGCACGAGGUAUUGUUGAAACCAAGGCAAAGGAAGAGGCUGGAAGAGCGAUGAUGCGCAUGAAGGAUAGAUUUGCUACAAUCUUCAGCCAUGAUUCUGAUUCAAUGCCACGUGUUUGGACUGGAAAGGAGGACAUCAGAGCAAUUACAAAAAUGGCUCGUUCUGCGUCCUUGAAGCUGCUGUCUGUUAUGGCUGUUAUACGCUUGGAUGAUGAACUCGACAAUAUUGAGAAGACAUUGACGCUAGCUCUGUUUAAUUCUACGGGCAACAAUGCUACUAGCAAGAGCAUCAGCACAAUUGAUUCACUUGCCUCAAGCACUUGGGAGAAGGUUGCACCAGAAAAGACGUUGAUCACACCUGUGCAGUGUAAAUCACUGUGGAGGCAAUUUAAGAACGAGACAGAAUAUACCGUUACACAGGCCAUUUCUGCACAGGAAGCUAACCGACGGAAUAACAACUGGCUGCCACCUCCAUGGGCAAUCCUUGCCCUGGUUGUUCUUGGAUUUAAUGAAUUUAUGACUCUCUUAAGAAAUCCUCUAUGGCUCUUAGUUCUAUUUGUCGGAUACCUUGUAUCCAAAGCCUUGUGGGUGCAAUUAAAUAUUUCAGGAGAAUUCCAAAACGGCGUGCUACCUGGACUUCUCUCUUUGUCAACCAAAUUCAUUCCAACGGUCAUGAACCUCCUCAAAAAGCUUGCGGAAGAAGGACAAGCACCACCCACAAAUAGCAACCAAUCAAUGAACUCUACAGCUCAAUCCGAGGUUACAACCAAUGGAGAAAGCAGCAGCAGCAGUAGCUCUGGUUCAUCUCCAGCAAAAAACGUACCCAUUGAUACAAGUGCAUAGAACAAAGAAGUAUACAAGCUUAAGCUGUUGUGCUAGCCCACGAAGCUAGAAACUUAAAAUUCGUUACCCUUUCAAAAAGGUAGCUCUCAGUUUUGGUGUUGAUCAGAGAGAUUCACCGAGAGCCAUAUGUUUUAUGUCUCCGAUGGCAUUGGUUCCCUCUUGCAGGUGUCAAAGUGAUCUUGUAUGUUCCUAGACUAAGAUUCUGAUGCAGACAAAAACAAAAAAACUCAUGAUUUGUUUGCGAGUUCUGUAGUGAUGUGGUUAUUGUAUCUGAUAAAAAGAAUGUUACUUGAAGAAAAACCGGUUUUUGAUUAAGUGAAAUUCAGUUUGGUUUUUGUUGAUUGAAGAGAAUUUCAGGUUCUCAUUGCAAGUUUAUAGUGUAAUCAUGUUAG